GUUAAUUGAACAGAUUUACGAUGAGUAAAGAUCUGCUGAGUAUGGAGGAAACCUCCAGCGGUCACAAGGCAAACAAAGAGACUCUGACACCUUACAAAAUUGGAGUAAUUCUGUUGAUAAAGGAAUACUGCAUAGCCAUUCAAAGAUCUCCUCCAGAACGUCGAGACUUCUGCAUUGUUGCAUUGAAAUUAAUUCAGUCUCCAGAUAUGGAUUUAAAAGCCCUCAUAUUCGCUCUGUGUAAAACUGAAUACGUUCUCCAACGUUUCGCACGUACAAUGGAAGUUGAAUGUGUGCAUUUAACAAACAAGAGCGUUGGAGUCGAGGGUCUUUUGGAGUUGUUCGACGUCCUCUCAAGACUGGUUAAAUCUCCACAGGAUCAUUCUCUGAAUUCCUAUGCACUGUGCAGAAGUUCAGUUCUAGGUUUGUACGUUCGUAGAACAAUCAUCUUCUUUGAGGAGCUGGCUUUCUCCGAAGUUGCGCAAUUGUACGAUGCAUUCGUCGAGGACUUUGAAGAAGCUGCCAUGGCCCUGGCGAACGCGCGAAGCCUUCCAACACCGAGGGUGGACCUCGGGAAUGUAAAAGAAAUAUCCAAGAACAAAAACAUCUGGGAUUGUAGAAGAGCUGAGCUGCUGGUGGCUCAGCAAGCCCAAGCUCUCCAGACAGACGAGCACAAGGCGAUACCCCCAGCUAAACUCCAAGUUCUCGUUCGAGAACUUCUGGCUUGCAAUCCCUAUUACGCAGAAGCCCAUUACCUCAGUUAUCUCAAUUGUCUCAGAGUUAAUGAGUACUGUGGUGCUCAGGACAGUUUGUAUCACUGUUUUGACAGGCUCGCACCUCUGGAGAACAGAUCAGCAACUGACGACAGGUCCAGAACAUUUAGAUAUGCUGCGCUGAACCUGGCAGCUCUUCACGCACAAUUCGAUCAUAAAGACGUGGCCAAGGCUGCGUUGAAGGAGGCCAUUAUGAUGGCUCAGGAGGCUGGGGAUAAUGUUUGCUUGCAGUUGGCACAUGCUUGGAUGUAUCAUUUGUCGAAAGAGAAUAAGAGUCAGUUGAUCGAACGUUCAGUUGGAAAAGCAAGCAUGCUAGGUAUCACUCACACAACGAGUCUAGGUUUAAUAGCUUCAGCACACAAUUCAGCACUAGAAGGGAAGAGUCCAUCGCACGUGUUUCAGACACUGAUUAAAUCGGACGUUCUCAACUGUCAGCACUCCAUGACGGAUCUGAUGUCGAUGUCGUACGCGGAGAAAGCAGCCCUCUGGGCUUACUAUGGCAAAGCCGAGAUGUCCAUAGUGUCCUCACAACUUCUGUUGCUUCAUAAUUCGGGAAACAAGAAACAGACAAUGUUCAAUGGGGCCUCGACGUGUCAAGCUGUUGUUAAUAUCGUCAAUGCCCUCGUAGAGUUUGGGGAGUACAGUUUAGUGGAUGUUGUGUUGGAUCACGCAAAGGAGAGGUUCCCUAAUGAACCCUCUAAUAAGAUAUGGAUGCUGAGUCAACAAUUGUAUCAAUUAACCAAAUUAAUGAGACACGAGAAAUGGAGUGACGCCGAAGCGACAGCAAAUCAAAUAUCAAGUUUAGACACGAUUGAGAGUAAAUUUAGACUAGCUGAAGUUGCUCUGGCAAAGGGAGAUUAUCCAACUGGUUUGGAUCACAUAAGUAAUAUCGAAAAAGACGAGGAUUUGAAUCCCCAAAAUCGAGUGAGGGCGAUGAUUCUGUCCAGCCAAAUCAUGAACUCGUCAAUUCUCCCAGGGAAUGGCAUAACAGGAACCAAUUCCUUAGUUUUAUUAAACUCAGCACUGGAAAUGGCGACAAAGUAUCAUCUCUCGUAUUACGAGGCACUGGUGAAGAUGCACUUGGCGAAUGUCCAGCUCAUCAUGGGAAUGCCAAAUCAAGCGUCCACCCUCAUAGACGAAGCGAUUGUUCAGAUCCUGGCUCAUGGUGGCUGGUACGACCAGGCCCGUGCCCUAGUUCUCCACGCAAAGUGCCUCGUGGCGACAGCCCCACAGGCUCCAGACAGGCGCAGAGCGAUCAUUCAAGAUGCCAUAAAAGCUCUUCUCAAGGCCAGAACUCAUUUCACUAAAGUCGAGGCAUUUGGCAAAGUCAAGAACACAGUGUAUUUAUUAAGUUUACUGUAUAAUGAGGUAGAUCAGAAAGCAGAGCGUAAUCAGUGUGCCUUUGAGUUUCGACAAUUCGAUGAACAAUAUCCAACGAAAGCUAAUACCUCAACAUUGUAUUAAUAAAAGUUUUUUAA